AUUCACCACAGAUAUGCCUGGCCAGCUGCUCUGCUGCUCCUGUGCCUCAGCACUUGCUGCCCUGUGAUUGCAGAUAACAAGCAUAAGAAGUGAUUGCAGAUAACAAACAUAAGAAGUGAGUUACAAAGUUGGGGUAAGAAACCAAAAGCAACCUGCCUUUAUCGAGUUCUCAAGAACAUAAUCGACACCUUGGUACAUUAUCAAGAUGCAUUAAGGAACUGGAUACAGUGCCAAAAGAGCUCCAUGCGUUUCCAUGACUCUCUUGAACCCUGACUCAGAUACUUUUGGAUAUAUAUUUCUGUUCUAAGGAGAAGAGUGUGUAUUCCAACUCCUUUCUGCCAGCUUGCUGGCAGAGAGAUUUCACUAAGAUCAUGGACCAUCCUAAUAGGGAAAAGGAUGAAAGGCAGCGGACGACAAAAGGAAUGCCGGGAAGGAGUGGGCAUGGUUCUCGACCAAGCUCAUCGGCAUCUUCUGGCGUUCUGAUGGUGGGACCCAACUUCAGAGUGGGCAAGAAGAUUGGGUGUGGGAACUUUGGAGAGCUCAGACUAGGUAAAAAUCUCUACACCAAUGAAUAUGUAGCGAUCAAGCUGGAACCAAUAAAAUCACGGGCACCACAGCUUCAUUUAGAAUACAGGUUUUAUAAGCAACUUGGAAGUGCGGCUGAAGGGCUUCCCCAGGUGUAUUACUUUGGACCGUGUGGAAAGUACAACGCCAUGGUACUAGAGCUGCUUGGUCCUAGCUUGGAAGAUCUAUUUGACCUCUGCGAUAGGACGUUCACGUUGAAGACGGUAUUAAUGAUAGCCAUCCAGCUGAUAUCUCGCAUGGAGUACGUGCAUUCGAAGAACCUCAUCUACCGAGAUGUCAAGCCUGAAAACUUCCUUAUCGGCCGGCAAGGCAACAAGAAAGAGCACGUCAUUCACAUCAUAGACUUUGGAUUGGCAAAGGAGUACAUUGACCCGGAAACCAAAAAACACAUACCUUACAGGGAACACAAGAGCUUAACUGGAACAGCCAGAUACAUGUCCAUCAACACCCAUCUUGGCAAAGAGCAAAGUCGUCGAGAUGACUUGGAAGCCCUUGGCCAUAUGUUCAUGUAUUUCCUCCGAGGCAGUCUGCCCUGGCAAGGACUGAAGGCUGACACCUUAAAAGAGAGGUAUCAGAAGAUUGGGGACACAAAGAGAAACACUCCGGUUGAAGUUCUCUGUGAGAACUUUCCAGAGGAGAUGGCCACGUACCUGCGCUACGUUCGGCGGUUAGACUUCUUCGAGAGACCAGACUACGAUUAUUUACGAACCAUCUUCACAGAGCUGUUUGAAAAGAAAGGUUACACCUUUGACUACGCCUAUGACUGGGUUGGCAGGCCAAUUCCUACUCCAGUGGGAUCUGUUCAUGUAGAUUCUGGGACGUCCGCAAUAACAAGAGACAGCCACAUCCAUAGGGAUCGGCCAUCACAGCAGGCCCUUCGCAAUCAGGCGUCAUCAGAUCGCCGAGGGGAGUGGGAGAUCCAGCCAAGCCGGCAGACCAAUACCUCGUACCUGACAUCUCAUUUGGCUGCAGACCGGCAUGGAGGAUCAGUACAGGUGGUCAGUUCAACCAACGGGGAGCUGAACGUGGACGACCCAACAGGGGCACACUCCAAUGCACCGAUAACAGCGCAGGCGGAGGUGGAGGUGGUGGAAGAAGCUAACUGCCUGAAAAUGCUCAACUUGUGGUGCUGCUGCUUCUUUAAGAGGAAACGGAAGAAGACGGCUCAGCGUCACAAGUGACCGGUGCCUCCUGGGCCGUGCAGGAACCACCUCGCCUGCAGCUCCUGCCCUGUCUCACUGGAAGGGGCUUCUCUUUAGGGGGAAGGAGGAGGAGGCAGAGAAGGAAGAGAGAAAAACGUAAAAAAAAAAAAAAAAAAGAAAAAAAAAUUGACUUUUUAAACCAAAAAGAGAAGAAAACGUUCCAAAACAAACCACUCUGGGGUGGAUCUGCUGAAUGGUCUCCCUCGUUCACUCCAAGCCUGAAGCUCCUUUUGGGACCAGGACUGUGGCUGGCUCAGGUCUUGGUCGCCCUGGGAGGGGGGCUGGCUGGCUGACCCUCCUUCCCGUUGUUUACGGCGAAGGCAUCGUUCACGCAAACCUGAGGACUGUGCUUAGUUCCUGCUCACUUUCCUCCCUCCCUCCCCUGCACCCUCUGCUCCUCUGUCCUCCUCCCUCCUUAAUCCAGCGAAGACAUACCGUAGGCUGUAGAGAGGGCAGGAGGGUGCAGAGGGAGAAGGGCCUGACUGCUGCAGCAGUGAGAGACAGGUUCCCUUUUGGCCUCCUUGGGAACAGUUACACUGUAAUGUGCAAGCUGUGAGAAAUUUGCAAUCUACUGUUCCAGUUAGGGUUUUUGUUUGCGGCUCCCCUGACACCUCCCUCCUCUGACGGUAACAGAGCAACGUGGAUUGUUUUAACGAA